AUGAAACUUCAUCAAAUUCAUGCUGAAAUACCAAAACAAGAAGUAAAUUUUGAAGCAAUAUUUCCAUUUUCAACUAAUCCAGAUGGAUUUGAUACAUAUUUAUCUAUAAAUAUAAAACAACCAAUUGUUCAUACUAAUCUUUCAUUUUCACCAUUUAUUCAAGCUGAUAAUAUUCUUCUUGAUAUUCAUAUACAUUAUCCUCGUAUAUGGAAUUCAAUUCAAGAUUGGAAUGUUGAUAUAAAAACAGAAAAAGCACAAAUUUAUUUCAUAUUUGUACAUAAAAAUUUCUUUCAAGCUUUAAUCAAUGAUUGGGCAUCAUCAAUACCACCUGAUAUUUAUUCAUAUGCAUCAUUUAUUUAUAAUAUAACUAUAGAUAGACAAUAUGUUGAAGUUUUAGUACCAUGUAAUCAAGGUAAUUGGAUUGAUUGUACAAAUGAUAAACAACAACCAGUGGAAAAUAAUUAUAUUUUCGUCUGGGCAAAAUCAAUCUCAUUAAAAUAUCCAUUACUAUUUUUAGAAUUUUGUCCAACAGUUACACCAAUGGAUAUCGCAAUUGAAGUUAAUGAUGUUUUCGCUCGUCUUGUUAUACCAGAAAGUAGUCGAAUGUAUUAUAUUCGUGAAGGAAUUGAUGCUCAUAAACGAUUUUAUAUACCCAAUGGAAUUAAAUCUCAAUUAUCUUUAUCAGAUGCAUUUGAAAGACGUGAUCGUUGUUUUGAUUGUUGUAAAGUUAAUAAUAUAAAAAAACUUGUUCAAAUUCUUCUUCAUACUUCAUCAUCAAUUGAUACGAAUAGAUCUGAUCUUUUAUAUAUUCAACAUGUUAAAUCAAUGGAUAAUCGUCAAACGUUUCAUCCAAAUAAAUUAGAUUAUGAUGUAUUUAAUAUUGAAAUUGAUAUUGGUCCAGUAAAUUUAUUUUUAUAUGGUUUUUUUUUAAAAAAACUUUGGUGGAUUAAAGAAGGUUUAUUUGAUUGGGAUCAAAUAUAUCAUGAUAUACGUGAACCUGAAUUAAUAUGUGAAAAAAAAAAUUAUUGUACAUGA